AUGGAUCAAAGAAUAGUCGGUAUAUUAGGGGGUGGACAACUAGGCAGAAUGCUUGUUGAAGCGGCCAAUCGUUUGAAUAUACGUACUAUCGUACUUGAUGCUCCAAACUCUCCAGCGAAGCAAAUUAGUAACAGCUCUGAACAUGUCGAUGGAUCGUACACUAACCCACAAGAUAUUGAAAAGUUAGCUGCUAAGUGUGAUGUUUUGACUAUCGAGAUUGAACAUGUGGAUGUGUUGACGUUGCAAAGUGUGCAAUUAACUUAUCCAAAUUUGAAAAUAUAUCCAACUCCGGAGACAAUUCAGUUAAUCCAAGACAAAUACAUACAAAAGGAACAUUUAAUGAAGAAUGGAAUUAAUGUAGUAGAAAGUGUACCGAUUUUAGAAUCAACAGAGUCAAACCUCGUUCGCAUAGGUGAACGAUUUGAUUAUCCAUUUAUGUUGAAAUCAAGAACAUUUGCCUACGAUGGUAGAGGAAAUUUUGUUGUUAAGAAACCUGAGGACAUUCCUAAUGCAUUGAAGACUCUCAAAGACUCUCCAUUAUACGCAGAAAAAUGGUCACUAUUCACUAAAGAAUUAGCUGUCAUGGUAAUACGUUCUGUGAAUGGCCAAGUAUUCUCGUAUCCCGUGGUAGAAACAGUUCAUGAAGAUAAUAUGUGCCAUCUAUGUUACGCCCCCGCUAGAGUACCUGAUUCCGUACAGCUAAAGGCCAAACUUUUGGCUGAAAAUGCCAUUAAAUCUUUCCCAGGUUGUGGUAUAUUUGGAGUGGAAAUGUUUUAUUUGGAAAAUGGUGAAAUACUAGUGAAUGAAAUUGCUCCUAGACCACAUAAUUCAGGUCAUUAUACAAUUGAUGCAUGUGUGACAUCCCAAUUUGAAGCUCAUUUGAGGGCAAUUCUAGAUUUACCUUUGCCUAAAGGUUUUACCUCACUAUCCACCAAUAGUACUAAUGCUAUUAUGUUGAAUAUUAUUGGAGAUAAAGAAGAGAAGGAUGCAGAGUUAAGAAUAUGUAAACGUGCAUUGAACACGCCAGGUUGCUCUGUAUAUCUUUAUGGAAAGGAAUCAAGACCGAAGAGAAAAAUCGGUCAUGUUAACGUCAUUAGUUCUUCGAUGGGAGAAUGUGAAAGAAAGCUAUCCUCAUUAUUAAUUGAAGAUGAAGCCCCUAUCGAAACUUCUGCUGUAGAACGAAUGGAAGCCAACGAUCAAGAAAAACCUAUUGUUGGGAUAAUAAUGGGUUCAGAUUCCGAUUUGCCAGUAAUGUCGGCAGGAUGUAAACUCUUAGAGGAAUUUGGGGUUCCAAUUGAGGUUACCAUUGUUUCUGCUCAUAGAACCCCGCAUAGAAUGAGUAAAUAUGCUAUUGAAGCCUCAAAGAGGGGUAUUAAGGCAAUAAUUGCUGGUGCCGGAGGGGCAGCACAUUUGCCAGGAAUGGUGGCAGCCAUGACUCCUCUUCCUGUCAUCGGUGUGCCUGUUAAAGGGUCAUGUCUUGACGGUGUUGACUCUCUGCAUUCGAUCGUUCAAAUGCCAAGAGGUGUCCCAGUAGCUACUGUUGGGAUUAAUAAUAGUAUUAAUGCAGCUCUUUUGGCUAUUAGAAUAUUAGGUGGCUUUGAUUUUCAAUAUCAAACCAAGAUGAAUAAAUUUCUACUUAAACAAGAGGAGGAAGUCUUAGAAAAGGCGAACAUUAUGGAGGAUAUUGGAUAUCAAAAAUACCUGGCGUCUAUGAAAAGGUAG